CUUCAGGCCUGACGUCAUUGUCGCCUGUGUUUUUUAUGAAUGAAGGAAUCCAACCUCAGAGAGCAGCGGAGUAAUUCCGGGAAAAGGCGGACUGACAUUUUGUCGCCAGAGUCGCUUCGACCUAGCAGAGUGUGUGUAUCUGUGUUGACUGGUGCCUGGGGAGACACUUUAGACAGUUGGACCAUGACGUCAGAAAGAAGUAGCAAAGCCCUGAAGGUGAAGCAGGAAUGUGGCGAGAAUGUGCCCAUGCUGUCGGACAGCGAACUCAUGUCCCUCUCAGUACGAGAGUUGAACCUUCACCUGCGUGGCCUCUCCCGUGAGGAAAUCCAGAAGCUAAAGCAGCGCCGUCGCACCUUAAAGAACAGAGGCUACGCCGCCAGCUGCCGGGUCAAACGUGUCUCACAGCGUGAGGCGCUGAGCAGCAGAAAAACAGAGCUGCAGAGGGAAGUGGACCUCGGAGCUGAGAACGCCGGCAUGAGGAAAGAGCUGGAGGGCCUCGGCGCUCGUCUCGCCGCCCUACAGAGGUUCGCCAUAGGCUUAGAAGCUGGAGGAGGCCACCUGCUCGCCACCGCCCCACGCCUCAACACCGCCUCCGUCAUCACCAUCGAGAGCCCACCACAGCCGCACCCACAGAGGGAACAGGAGCCAUCCUAG